AUAUACAAUGAACCUGCAACAGAUAAGCGCGUCAAAUUUGCGUGCUUACUUAGCUUGUACUACAAUCCCUUCAUCAACAUUUAUCCACCCACUUUGUUCGCACACACCUGCAAUAUCCCAAUAUGAUGGUGAAGUAUAUUUAAAAAAAAAUUAUAAUCCACCUCGUUGCUAUAAUCGACCCCCAAAUUUUUAGGAGAUAGAAUUUGAUCACAAUCGUCAUCAUCAACUCAAUUUUCAUGGAUAACACCAUCAACAACAGAUGGGUUUCAACGGCAUCAAGUAUAUGGAUUCAAUCAACAACUGGUAUGUCCUACGCCUUUAGCAUUUACUCUACCGUUCUCAAAUCCUCUCAAUCCUACGAUCAAUCUACUCUUGAUACUAUCUCCGUCUUCAAAGACAUCGGCGCCAACGCGGGCGUACUCUCCGGCUUACUCUACGCCGCCGUUUUAAACCGCCGAAGCCUGUGCUGUUACGGAGGUCCAUGGGUUGUCCUAGCAUUUGGGGCUGCCCAAUGUUUUUUGGGGUAUUUCUUUAUGUGGCUUGCUGUUGUUGGGUAUAUUGCGCGGCCUCCUGUGGUGGUUAUGUGUGGGUUUAUGUUUGUUGCAGCACAUGCCCAGACUUUCUUUAAUACUGCUAAUGUUGUCACCGGUGUUGAGAAUUUUCGGGAUUUUAAAGGAACGAUUGUUGGUAUUAUGAAGGGUUUUCUUGGACUAAGUGGAGCAGUCUUAAUUCAAAUUUAUCAAGCAUUUUUCCGGGAAAGUCCAAGCACCUUCAUCCUAAUGCUUGCAUUUUUGCCAAGUGUAGUCUGUUUUUCACUUAUGUUUUUGGUUAGAGUUUCCCCAGGAAGCAGAGUUGAUGACAAAAAAUACUUGAAUAAUUUCUCUGUAGUCGCCCUUGUUCUGGCUGCAUACUUAAUGAUGAUCAUUAUCUUGGAGAACAUUUUCGUGUUCCCACAAUGGGCACACCUAGGUACUCUUGCUGGCCUCUUGAUAUUGCUUCUUUGGCCUCUUAAGAUUUCUGUAGAGGCUGUUGGUAAGGACAAAACUUUUGCACUACCCACAGAAAGGGAUCCAUUACUCUAUGCUAUAGAUCCUAAUGAGCACGAAAAAAUCAGAGGGAAUGAUGAGUUACCUGGUAAUUCCAGUGAUGUUCCACCCGUCACACCAAACAUGAAUCUGUCAGAGGCAGUAAAGAGCUUGAAUUUCUGGUUGUUGUUUAUGGCUAUGUCAUGUGGCAUGGGAUCAGGGCUUGCCACAAUAAAUAAUAUGAGCCAAAUAGGGCAAUCACUUGGCUAUGAUACAGUGAAAACCAAUACAUUGGUUUCAUUAUGGUCCAUAUGGAAUUUCCUGGGCCGUUUUGGGGGAGGAUAUGUAUCUGACAUCUUAUUACUGCGAAACGGAUGGCCUAGACCGUCACUGAUGGCAAUAACUCUAGCAAUUAUGGCGGUUGGACAUGUCGUAAUUGGUUCCGGGUUUAUGGGCAAUUUAUACGUGGGGACUAUCGUGGUCGGGAUUUGUUAUGGAGCACAGUGGAGCUUGAUGCCUACCAUCACUUCAGAGAUAUUUGGCAUUCUGCAUAUGGGUACCAUUUUCAAUACCAUUUCGAUCGCUAGUCCUCUAGGAACUUAUUUCCUCUCUGUUUGGGUAAUUGGACAUAUUUAUGACAAAGAAGCUGGGAAAGAUCAUUCUUGCUACGGUGUUCACUGCUUUGUGGUAUCCUUCUUUACGUUGGCAUUCGUUAGCCUUCUUGGGUUUCUCAUUGCUCUUGCACUGUUUUUCCGAACAAGGGUGUUUUAUAGAUCUAUUGUGCUAAAAAGUUUAAGUCAUUCUCUGAGAAGCUAAAGCACAAUUUCGUUGGAUCGUGUUCUCUUUUCCCCGAAAGAAAUGCUAAGGGCUGCUCUUGCAAGCAUUUCUGUUUACAAGGGGAAGUUUAUUGUGCUGACAAGUUCAGCCUACCAUUGUUUUGUUAAGGAAGAAAAGCUUCCUGCUGUUUAUAGCUGUAUAUUAUGAAGAUUGCCUUAAUAUCUGCAACAAAUGAAAGAUGCAAAAAACGAGAGGUCGUGUUCGAAAUUUCAGACAUUAAUCCCACUUUGGCUUUUGUCCUUUUUUUUAUUGGCCGAUUCUGCUAAUAAAUUUCGUCAAAAAUGUACACAACAGUUUCGUAUUACCCAUUUUCAGAAUCAGGUUUGCUACACUUUGGUGUUCGCUCGAUCACAAGCUAAUGACAUUCAUCAUCUGACUGCUCGUGGUUGUGCUUUUGUGAAUUGCUUCGUGAGCAUGUAUGUAUAUUUUGUUGAUGUUGUGUUUAGUUUCCUAGAAAGAAUUCUUGUGCUAUUUGGGCACUGUUUGAUUUGUGUUGAUACAAAGAAGACUGUUUUCUGGAUGUUAUGCGGAAAAUCACAUUUAAUUGAUUUUACUAUUAAAAACAGCAUUUCAAGU